AUUUUGUCCUCUUCCAUAAUUUUGAUAAAUUUCAAUUGGAUUGGAAGUCUCUUCCUUCCUCCUAAUAUUCUCUCUCACUAUGUCUAGAGGAAGUCUCCUAUUUGCUGCACACAUAGCCCUUCUCCUUCUCCUUCUUCCUCCUUCCUUCUGUUUCCAAACAUCCACCGUGGAAGAUAGUACUCUUUGUGGAAAUAUUAACAUAAGUUCUCCAUUCUACUUAAAUGGAAACCUUCAAUACUGUGGCGACAAUUACAACAAUUUUGAGCUAUAUUGUGAGGAAAAUGUUACAGUAAUAUGCUUGUAUUCGGGAAAGUAUUACGUAAAGGCGAUCAAUUACAGUGACUGGACAAUCCGAGUUGUUGAUGCUGGUGUUCAGAAGCAAGACAACUACUUCUCCAACCCACUUUACUCUUUAACCUCCUUCAACCUUAGUGAUGGUGAAGAUCCUUUUUCAUCUCAUUAUUAUUAUAGCGACGAAGAUAUUCAAGAACUCCGACUGUAUAGUCUAGCGAUACAUGAAGUGCCUAUAAUUUUUAUCAGCUGUGCAAAUCCAAUGCAUUCUCCUCUCCUUGUUGAUACAGCUCCAUGCAUCAACAAUUCUGCCAAUUCUUCUUUGUCCAGUACUUCAAGAAUGUUUUCUUAUGUCAUGAUUGGCUUGAAUGGCUCCAUAAUAAGUUCAUUCGAUUUGGGGGAGUCCUGUAAAAUAACAAAAAUGGUUGUGGUGUCACCUUCAACAUCUACAGAUCUGCACCGGAACUUGUCCUGUGAAGGUAUAUAUAAUGAAAUAGCGCGCGGCUUUGAGCUCUCAUGGUUUAACGGUGCAUGUAACUUAUGUGAAAUGGAUAAGGAGUACUGCAUCUGUUAA